UUAUUCCAGAGUAAAAAAUGUGCUGUGUAUAGGGGGUGUAAACAUAAUUUUAACUGACUCUCUAUGCAAAUAUUUACAAGGAUAGCCUUGAAACCAUUAUCUGAUCAACUAUGUGGAAGAUACAGGUAGGAGAAUUAGAAGGUGUUCAACUUUUACUGGACUGUUCUCAAAUUGAUGGAAAGAAUCCUUUAAUCUCUCAAUGGGUUAUUUUAUCGGUCAAGGCUUUAUGUGACAAGCAUCCAGAAAAUCAGAAUAUUCUCUUCAAUUUACGUCGACAGGGAGCUGCUGAUUCAACAUUACUCAAGGAACUAGGGCUUCGACUUCCGGCAGAAACUUGAUAAACUCGUCCCUCCGGCUUCCGGUAGAAACCUCCUAUUCUCUCCAUUCCGGUUUCCAGCAGACGCCUCAUAAA